GGUGAUCUUUGAGAAAAGGGAGACUUGGUGACAGAAACUGUCACAAACGCCUCUUUUGCACUUUAGUUCUGUUUUUUUUUCCCCUCUGCACCACAAUGCCACCAACGUGGACCUACCCACCCGGAGAAUUUAGUGUCAUAGUUUUAGAGAUUAUACUUUAGUUUUUCUUCAUUUUUUUCCCCCUUGAAGUAAUUUUAGAUACCUACUUUUUCAGUGUGCAGGGAGACAGAAUAAAAGUUGUGUGUUGGCCAAUGCGCCCCUGCAUCGGUCCCAUCCUGCAGAAGUAUGUCCCGUCGGAAACAGAAACGGCUGCAGCAGUUUAUGAGCCUGACCCUCGGUGCCUGUCGGAUACUUGAGCAUGAUGAUCACUUGGCAGUGAAGUCACACUCUUUUCCAUUUAUCCUGGAAUCUGCCUUGGGCUCUCCAUCUUCUGCUUCUCAAAGCUCCCAGCAGCCCCUUGCUCUCUAUUCAUCUUUCAAGGGCUCUCAGACCUUCUCUCCACCCACUGAAGGCCCACUGCUGUCCUGUUCACCGAGUCAGCCCUCCCACCAGCCCCUCAAAGACACACAACCUUCCUUCUCAUCUGACUUCCCUUACUCUUUAGUCUCUUCCCAAGCUCAACAUCCACUUGCCCUUCAGUUGCCUGGUUGUAGUCCCACAUCUUCUGCAAGUGCACUCAUCCACCCACCCCGAGGUGUACUCAUGGCCUCUCCCAAGCUGGGGCUGUCAGCCACCACCACCACCUCUUCUUCCUCCUCAUCAUCCUCUGCCUCCCUAUGCCCCCCACCACACCCUGGAAGCCCCAGCCGUGUGCCUGAAGGCCCCCCAAGUCCUGUUACUCCCACUCCCAGCCCAGGAGUGACGUCAGCCUCAUCGGCUCCCUCUAGAACACAGUUAAGCAUUGCUCUGAUCCUGGAGGAGCUGCGAGUGUUGCAGCAAAGGCAGAUCCACCAGAUGCAAAUAACAGAGGAGAUCUGUAGACAGGUGCUACGACUUGGUGGAGCCUCCUAUACCAUAGACACACCAUCCCAGCAUCUUCUGCCUUCCCUGCCUCAGCUCUGCCUGGAAGGCAGCAAGAGAGCAGCCAGCCCAACAACUCAGCCAACAGCACCUCAGACUUCCACUUCUGUGGCUCCUCUCCUGACAUGUUUCUCCUCCCUGCUCCCCUCUCAGCCAGCCAACAAACCCACAAAGCCAAGCAGUUCUUUGUCUCAAAUCCUGCAGCCCCACAAGCCCCAGAUGGAAGGGUCAGGAAUGACUGCAGGGGCUCCUGGUUAUCUAAGGGUGGGCUCUCAAUCAUCAACUCCCUCCACCUCUUCCUCUACUGCCAUCUCCAUGGCUUCCUCCACCUAUCCACUAGCCCUGUCUUUAGCUCUGCCCAACCGUUAUCUUCAUGAGAAAUCUUCAAAUACCACUUCAGUGAGUGGGAACAGUGACCUGUCCUUUCUAAACUCUUCCCUCCCCACUUCAAUUUCUAUUGUCCCAAACUCCCAGCAUGCUCUGCAGUCUGUCUCUGUAGGAGAAGAUUUGUCUCCGUCACCCAGUUCCGCCUCUACUGGCCGCCUCCAGCAUGCUUGCCGCUUCUGUGGAAAAAUGUUCAGCAGUGAUUCUGCCUUGCAAAUACAUCUACGCUCACAUACAGGGGAACGACCCUACCAGUGUCCAGUUUGCUUCAGCCGCUUCACCACAAGAGGCAAUCUCAAGGUACAUUUCUUGCGCCAUCGUGAGCAAAACCCAGAGCUCUCACUUUCACUCCUACCACCUUCUUUGUUUGGGGUAGCAUUAGGGGCCAGUGGGGGAUCAGAUAUGGGACAAACCAUGAGCAGCAGCAGCAGUAGUAGCAGUGGCAUGAAUAUGAUACAGAAGAAGCGAAAAAAUAAACCUGAGGAUGAAACAUGUGCAAAUAAUUUGGACACCGGUGUCACUAGUACCAGCUUUUCUCUGGGGGCCUCUGGAGGAUGUACCCCGUCUACCCUGCCCCUGCCCCCUACUGUGGAUCUAGCAUUGAUUUCACACUCUCUCUUGCAGCUCAAUAGGGCUGCAGCUGUGGCUGCUGCAGCUUCUGUCACCUCCGGCUCAUCCUACUCAGCCUCCUGCACUUCAGCCUCCACCUCUUCCCUGGCUACCUCCCUCCUCUCGAACCCUUCCUUGCCUUCGUCUUCCACUAUCACAGGGUUAUUCAAGGGUGCCAAGCAGCAGCACUUUGAUGAAAACACUCCCCCUCAUGCCCCAAUGCUUUCAUCCACAGCUUAUUCUCAGCUAGCCCACCUGCCUAAGCUUCUUUUCCCAUCUGUCUCCACUCCUUCCACCACCCCUGCUGCUCACUCAUCCCUCUACAACCAUCCAGCCUUGAGCUUGCUACGUACUCCGCUACCCUCUACUCCAGGAUCCCACCAACUUGUUUCUUCCAGCCUUUCUCAGCUUUCUUUCCCUUUUUCUUCUUAUCCUAAAGUCCCAGGUCUACCCACCACUGCUUCAUCAUCCCUGCCAUCCUCCAUGGCUACCUCCACUCCUACAUCUGAAACCUCCAAGCUGCAGAGACUGGUGGAGAAGCUAGAGAAGGUGCCUCCCUGCUCUUCUUCUCCAUGGACAUCUUCUUCUACUUCCACCUCUAUUCUGGAGAUGUUAUCCAGCGGUACCACUACCUCUUCAGCCUGUGCAGGCAACAGUCGUUUCACAAAUGCCAACACUUCUACUACAUAUGUCAUGACGUCCCCACCAUCUUCUACUCUUGUCACUACUUCUGUUUCAAACUUCACUCGUGAGAUGGUUGCUGCCCUAGGCAUGAGUUCCAAUGCAGCAAGUGCCAUGGUGGGAGGCAUGCUACCAACACUGAGCAUUACAGGUCCAGCUGGUAACCUGACAACUAAUCAGUGUGGGGUGUGUCUACGGGUGCUGAGCUGUCCCAGAGCACUGCGUUUGCACCAGGCUACGCACCUUGGAGAGCGCCCUUUUCCAUGUAAGAUAUGUGGACGAUCCUUCUCUACCAAAGGCAGCCUGCGGUCACAUCUGGCCACCCACCAUGCUCGACCACCCAAUGCACGUGUCCAGAACUCCUGCCCAUUGUGCCAGCGCAAAUUCACCAAUGCCCUAGUGCUCCAGCACCACAUUCGUAUGCACCUUGGUGGACAGUUGCCCUCAGAUGGCAUAGAGGAUUCUGCACAGGAGAUGCCAACUGAUUCUAAUCCCAAACCUUUGUCACAGUCUCAGUCAACUGACCCAAAUACUGUUUCUGAUAAAACACCUCCUCUACCUGGCCUAGAUAAAAGCCCAGCCCUAGGCUCACAAUUGCAAACUCCAUCAGCUGGUUUGGUUCCUGUCUCUAGUAAUAUGAAAUUGGUUGAUUUCACCAAAAAUCUCAGCAAGUCUAUGUCCUCUAGCCCAGACCUUAUUCCUCCCUCCAACCUUAGCCCCGACCCCUUCAUGAAUCCCACUACACAAACUCCACCACUCAGCAGUGCAGAGCCCCCUAUCCUUUGUGUCAGUGCCUUGUCAGCCUCCCAGGAGAAAGACCAAGCUUCCCCAGUUGACAAAGACAGCCAAAUAGAACAACAAGCCACUGCUGAUUCCUAUGCUCCUAAAGCCACUCCCUCGCCAACCAAAACCACUGUGUCAUCUAAUGCUAUGAUAGUGGACUGUGGAGAGGAUGUAGCAUCUACCUCCUGUGAUGCCUUCCAUGGCAUGGAGGACUUACAAAGCACAGCUGCCCUUGGGGCUCCCUUUGCAUACACCUGUCCAUGUACCUCCUCUAAUCCCCUUAUCAGUCAAGAUCUUCCUAAUGUUAAAGCAACGCCAACCUUAGAAUCAGACUCAGCCUCACCAAAGCCACAAUCACCAGAACCCAUGGAAGAAAACAAAGAUGAGUCUACUCCACCAGCACCACCAAAGCAAGACCAAGCAACUGUGUCUGAUGAGGACCCCAAAAUGACAACCACUUUGGAGAUUACAGAUACUGCUGGGGCUGAAGUAAGGGGCACAUCACAGAGAGCAGCCUCUUUUGUAAGGGAGACGCGUCAGAGAUUUCAUUUUGGUUCAUAUGGGAGGGAAGAUCAGGUGGAAGGCGUUAAGAUUAGUGGAUUGGCUCCAAGUGAAGUGCAAUAUGCUUCUGUCCCCAACAACCUUGCCCCAACUCUCCCCUCUCCAAUGUCACGUCCUGAGAAGAAGACCUAUUGCUGUGCUGAGUGUGGAAAAGAGUAUGCUAGCCGCAGCGGACUGAAGGGGCACAUGAAACAUCAUGGUGUGGUAACCAAGACAUCACGCCCAUCAGCCCGGAGUAGUCGUUCCUCCACUGAUCAACUUCCAUCUUCUACAUCUAUGACGUCCUUGAACAUUCCUGCCACCAGGAGCUCAGCAGGCUUUUGGAACCAGUACCAAGCCUUCCUUAACACCAGUGCUGAGCCAACUGAUGACCCAACUGCUGGAAGUCAAGGAGAGGAUGAGUUGACACGGUCAGCAAACUCAUCUGUUCGACCUCAGGUGGAUCCAAGAGUUCCCGAAGAAGAAGAUGAGGAAGAAGGGUCAUAACUCUUGUCAGUUUGAUUGGCUGGAUGAUAUUCCUAAUGUUUUCAAUCACUGUUUACCUUUUGGUGAAACUCGAUGGACUUUUAUGUAUCACUGCUUCCUUAACCUAUUUCAAGUAGCCUGUCAGUUGGAUAGUCAGAGUAAUACUGUAUGUUUGUAUGUAAAAAAAUGUGAGUCAAUCCACUUGGCCUUGUUGUGUUAAAAAUAGAGUUAUUGUACAAAUAAAGAUAAAAAUAUUCAAGAAGUAACAAAGUGAGUCCAGUUAUUGCUGGAUUUGUUAAAAAGUGACAAAAAGUAUGCCUUAAUAGUUUGAAGCACAUUUCUAACAAAAAAACAAAAACAAAACAACAACAACAACAACAACAAUAUCUAUAUUUGGAUAUGGGGAAAGAUUAUUUCUGUCAUAUUGAUGUUUCAUACUAGAGCUGGGUCAAAUAAUUUACGGUGUUUGUUUGAACUUACCAGCAGUUUCAAAUGGGUCAGGUUUAGCACUAAUCUGUUAUUACUGCAAUGACUGACACAAAGUAUACUAAAAGAAUAGCUUAAAAUAAUUAAUAAAACUUCAUAAACAUUUAGGUACUCAUUGUGGUGUGCCAUGUACCAAAACUGAUCCAACUGGCACCAAAGGAGGCUCAAGCUAACCAAAAGAAAAUUUCUUUGCAAGUGCUACAACCUAUUUCUGUUUCAUACCUAGAAGACUGCUUCAGAGACACUGAUAUAAAAGAGGACAUUAGGUAAGCAAAACUAAAUUUUUCUUUGUAAGUGGAAGGAAGGCCAACAAUAUGAAUGUUUUUCUGUGGGGAAUAUAGUCUUUUGUCCCCUCUUUUGUGGUUGAGAUAAACUACUCACACACGUCAUUGUGGCUUUUUCACUAUAUUGUCCUGUCAAACCAGAAGCACAGCUGCAGUGUUCGUAAAAACUCUGUGAGGACAUGGUCUUUUGUGUGACCUUUGACCUUCAUUUUUGUGAAUAUUAUUAUUAUUGUUGUUUGGUCCUAAAGUACUAUCUGUAACUUUUUCAGUUACUAAAGUUACUAAAACUUUAUGUCACUAUAAAUAUCAUAAGUCUAUGUCUGUUUGU